ACCUUCCCUUCUCUCUCUCUCUCUCGCGUAUUGCUCGAAGUGCAUUCCCUGUCGACGUGCUCUCUCUCUCUCUCUCUCUCUCUCUCUCUCUCUCUCUCUCUGAUUGAGAGCAUCAGGGUUAAACCCUAGAGCCACCACCGACACCAACACCUCCGGCUAUCAUCCUCAUUGUUAAAUCAGAUACCCGCUCACCUCAUCCGGCCGCGGAACCCGAUUCCUUUCCGCACCACUCUUCCAAAGCAACCCUGUUUAUUGCACUAUAUGCUUCCUAAAAGGAAGGUUGUCGGAACCGACGUUGAAACGGAAAGUUUGCUGAAGAAACCGCGGAUUGACUUCUUGAUCGCCACGGCGAACAACAACAGCAGCAGCAACAACAGACUGGAGACGAUGGCCUUCGAUGAUGGGAACCCACCGGAGAUCGACGAGGAUCUGCACAGCAGGCAACUCGCUGUCUAUGGGCGGGAGACUAUGCGCAGGCUUGCCGCGUCUAAUGUCCUCGUUUCUGGGAUGCAGGGCCUUGGUGCUGAAGUGGCCAAAAACCUCAUACUAGCUGGUGUGAAGUCUGUCACUUUGCAUGAUGAAGGAUCGGUUGAGCUAUGGGACUUGUCUAGUAACUUUCUUUUCUCUGAGAAGGAUAUUGGCAAGAAUCGUGCACUGGCUUCCGUUCAGAAGCUUCAGGAACUGAAUAGCUCUGUAGUUAUAUCUACUUGGACGACACAGAUUUCCAAAGAACAGCUUUCUUGUUUUCAGGCUGUCGUUUUUACCAAUAUCAAUUUGGAGAAGGCAAUUGAAUUUGAUGAGUACUGUCAUAAUCAUCAGCCACCCAUAGCUUUCAUCAAAUCUGAAGUUAGAGGUUUAUUUGGGAGCAUAUUUUGUGACUUUGGACCUGAAUUUACAGUUCUAGAUGUGGAUGAUAAGGAGCCACACACUGGCAUCAUUGCUUCGAUCAGCAAUGAUAAUCCUGCACUUGUUUCGUUUGUUGAUGAUGAACGGCUUGAAUUUCAAGAUGGAGAUCUGGUUGUGUUUUCUGAAAUCAAGGGCAUGACUGAGCUGAACGAUGGAAAACCUAGAAGGAUUAAAAAUGCAAGGCCAUUUUCAUUUGUCUUAGAGGAGGAUACCACAAAAUUUGGUGAAUAUGAUAAAGGUGGCAUAGCAACUCAGGUCAAGCAACCAAAGAACUUGAAUUUUAAACCCUUAAAGGUUGCACUAAGAGAUCCUGGAUAUUUUCUUCUUAGUGACUUUGCGAAGUCCUUUAGGCCACCUCUUCUGCAUUUGGCAUUCGAAGCUCUUGACAAAUUCAUAUCCAAGACCGGCCGAUUUCCUAUUGCUGGAUCAGAUGAAGAUUCUCGGAGGUUGGUAGACAUGGUUACUGCAAUGAAUGAGGAGUUGCCAGGUGAUGCAAAAUUGGGGGAGAUAGAUGAAAAUGUUCUUCAACAUUUUGCUUGUGGAGCAAGGGCAGUACUGAACCCUAUGGCUGCUAUCUUUGGUGGUAUUGCUGGACAGGAGGUUGUGAAAGCUUGUUCCGGAAAGUUUCAUCCCAUUUACCAGUUCUUUUACUUUGACUCACUUGAGUCACUCCCUGCUGAGCCACUGGAUCCUGGUGAUCUGAUGCCAAUAAGUAGUCGCUAUGAUCCACAAAUAUCAGUCUUUGGUUCCAAGCUGCAGAAAAAGUUCGAGGAAGCCAAAGUAUUUGUUGUUGGAGCUGGUGCGCUGGGAUGUGAAUUUUUGAAAAAUUUAAGCUUGAUGGGGGUCUCUUGUGAUUCCCAAGGCAAGCUUGUCAUUACUGAUGAUGAUGUUAUUGAGAAAAGUAACCUCAGCAGGCAGUUCCUGUUCAGAGAUUGGAACAUUGGUCAAGCAAAAUCUACUGUUGCUGCAGCUGCUGCUGUAUUAAUUAACCCUUCACUUAAUAUAGAGGCUCUGCAAAACCGUGCUAGUCCUGAUACUGAAAAUGUGUUCGACGACCCAUUUUGGGAGGGCUUAGAUGUUGUCAUCAAUGCACUGGACAAUGUUACUGCAAGGCUUUACAUAGAUAGUAGGUGCUUAUAUUUUCAGAAGCCACUUUUGGAGUCGGGAACUCUAGGAACCAAGUGUAAUACACAAAUGGUGAUCCCUCAUCUUACAGAAAACUAUGGGGCAUCGAGGGAUCCUCCUGAGAAGCAAGCACCUAUGUGCACUGUGCAUUCCUUCCCCCACAACAUUGAUCACUGCCUAACCUGGGCUCGUUCUGAGUUUGAAGGGUUGCUUGAGAAAACACCGACUGAAGUGAACUCCUUCCUGUCAAAACCAAAUGAAUAUAAAGCUGCUAUAAGAUCUGCGGGGGAUGUUCAGGCUAAGGAGACUCUUGAGCGUGUAAUUGAAUGUCUUGGCACUGAGUAUUGUGAGACUUUCCAAGACUGUGUUGCUUGGGCACGUCUGAAGUUUGAGGAUUACUUUUCAAACCGUGUAAAGCAGCUGACUUUUACUUUCCCGGAAGAUGCUGCCACUAGUACUGGCUUUCCAUUCUGGUCUGCUCCUAAGCGCUUCCCUAGACCAUUGGUGUUUUCCGUCGAGGAUGUAGCCCACCGUCACUUUAUCAUGGCUGCUUCCAUCCUGCGAGCAGAAGCAUUCUGUAUAAAUGUACCAGAUUGGGCAAAAAGACCUGACAGCAAUGAGUUUGUUGCUGCGAUCAAAAGAGUUACAGUUUCAGAAUUUCAUCCCAAACGGGAUGUGAAGAUUGUGACCGAUGAGAAGGCCACCACUCUCACCACAGCUUCCACCGAUGAUGCUGCUGUAAUAGAUGGUCUAAUACUGAAACUGGACGAGCGUGCGACUGAACUGCCGUCUGGGUUCAGAAUGAACCCAAUACAGUUUGAAAAGGAUGAUGAUACAAAUUACCACAUAGACUUGAUUUCUGGCCUGGCUAAUAUGCGUGCAAGAAACUACGGCAUUCCUGAAGUUGAGAAACUGAAGGCAAAGUUCAUAGCAGGAAGAAUAAUUCCUGCAAUUGCUACUACUACUGCGAUGGCUACGGGGUUCGUGUGUCUGGAAUUGUACAAAGUGCUGGCUGGAGGCCAUAAAUUAGAUGAUUAUAGAAACACAUUUGCCAACUUGGCUCUGCCUCUAUUUGUCAUGGCAGAACCAGUUGGGCCAAAGGUGAUUAAACAUCGUGAUCUAAGCUGGACAGUAUGGGACCGCUGGAUUAUAAGGGAGAACCUGACCUUGAGAGAAUUACUUCAAUGGUUCCAAGCCAGAGGAUUAACUGCCUACAGCAUUUCAUGUGGACAGAGUCUGCUUUAUAACAGCAUAUUUCCCAGGCACAGAGAGCGUAUGGACCGGAAGGUGGUUGACUUGGCUAUGGAGAUUUCUAAGUUAGAGGUACCACCAAGCCGACGCCAUUUUGACAUUGUGGUGGCUUGUGAGGACGAGGAAGAAAACGACAUCGACGUCCCUCUGGUGUCCAUAUACUUUAGGUAGAACAACUACGUACAGGUAGUGAAGUCCGAAAAGAAACACCGAGUUUCCCUUUAAUUCAGCUAUACUCAUCUGACGUGCUAAAGUGAUAGAAGAGAUGCUAAAGAUGCGUCAUGGGGAUAGUGCUGAUUCUCAUAUGAUUGUGGUCACACACACAAAAGUUUAUAUAUUGAUCUUUUUUGGGGGGAAGAAAAAGCUUCUUUUUUCUUUAAAUCUCUAGCAUGUUGUCUGUGUAAAAUGAAGAGAAGAAAAACCUUUUUGUGAAUCCUUAAUAUUUUAUUUAUGAAAAAUGAAACCGCAGUCCCUCAAGAAAUUAGGCUUGCUUGAGAUAGCGAGGAUUUUUUA